AUGUCGGUCAAGUUCGAGAAGGAGACGGUCAAGACGACGACAGCCGCCGUCGCCGACGCGGCUACCAAAGGUCACGACGGCCUGCUGCACGGCGUUGGGCAAGCCCUCACCAAGGGUGGCGGGCCCAAUGGAUACCUCAUAGCCUACCUCAAGCAGCUGCAGAGCAACCCCCUGCGCACCAAGAUGCUCACCUCGGGCACCCUAUCAGGCCUGCAAGAAUUCCUGGCCUCGUGGAUUGCCCACGAUAGGAGCAAGUCGGGCAACUACUUCACCUCGCGCGUGCCCAAGAUGGCCAUAUACGGCGCACUCAUCAGCGCGCCUCUUGGCCACGUCCUGAUUAGCCUUCUCCAGAAGGUCUUCCAGGGGCGCAAGACGCUGAAGGCCAAGAUCCUGCAGAUUCUCGUCAGCAACCUACUCAUCUCGCCCAUUCAGAACAGCGUUUACCUCAUCUCAAUGGCCAUCAUCGCGGGCGCCCGCACAUUCCAUCAAGUCAAGGCGACGGUCAAGGCCGGCUUCUGGCCUGUUAUGAAGGUCAGCUGGGUCGUCUCGCCCAUCUCGCUUGCCUUUGCCCAGCAGUUCCUACCCGAGACCACCUGGGUGCCCUUCUUCAACAUUAUCGGUUUCAUCAUCGGCACAUACAUCAAUGCGCAUACCAAGAAGAAGAGGCUAGCUGCCCUCAGGCGAAAGCACUACGGCGACGGCAGUGGCAGUGGCAGGAGCAGGAGCCAGGGCCCAGUCGGUGGAAGGCCGGGAGACGACUACGGCCGUCUUGAUGACCGCCGUCCCGAUGACCGCCGUCCUGACGACCGCCCGCGCUACUAA